AUAAAAAGGAUAAACCUAACAUGAAAGUAAUAGCGUUCCUGCUUUUAUCGCUACUAGUCACUGUAAAUGCAGUCACUAGUUACACACUUAAUGGCGCAGAUUGGACAGAUGCACUCUGUCAGAACGGUACAAGACAAAGCCCCAUCAACAUUGACACGAAGUAUACGAGUAUUCUUACUGAUAAGAGUGUAUCAAUUGAUGGAAUGAAUGUUGCUACUGUUACAUUGAGUUAUGAUGCCAGUCAUUUGCAGAUAACCGAUGAUUUCAUUGCUACUGCUACUUUGAGAUCAGAUGAAGAUGAGAGGGAGUAUACAUUUGUUAAUACUCAUUUCCAUGCUCCAUCUGAGCAUACUGUUGAUGGAGUCCAAGCUGAUCUUGAAUCUCACACAGUCUUUGCCAGACAAGGUAGAACUUAUGCUGAUUAUCUUGUUUUGGGUGUAAUGUGGGUUCAUGAUAAUGAUGCUAAAAAUGAUUCUUAUUUGGCAGCUAUCAAUGCUGGUGGACUCACAACCACUCCAUCUACACAAAGUAUUUCAAAUGUUCCUUUUAAAGACUUCUACGGGUGGGCAAGCCCAAAAGAAAAGUAUACUUAUAUUGGAUCUUUGACUACACCAAACUGCACUGAAAAUGUUGAAUGGUUUGUUGUAAAGGAAACGAGAAAGAUUAACUCUGCUCAGCUUUCUGAGUACACCAGCAAGUGGGCAGGUAACAGCGGAUUUGCUUCUGGUAAAGGAAACAACAGAAUCUUGAGACCCCUUGGAGCUAGACAAGUUUAUCUCACACACGGAGAAAAGAUUGAUAAAUGGGAACUAGCAUCGAUCAUCCUCGUUUGCUUGUUAGGUCUUCUUUCUGCUAUCCUUUCAGGAAUGAUAUUCUAUCAAUGCGUGUAUAAGAAGAACAAAAACCAAAGUAAUAAAGGAUAUGGAAGAAAUUCAGAAGCUCAAGGCUUGCACAAUGAAGGAGGACAAGCUAGUAACCCAUGUGCAGAAGAAAACUAGUAGGAAGGUCA